AUGCCUGGCAAAGGCGGCAAAGGUGGGAGGAAAAUUUGGCCGAGCGGGCCGAGCAGGCGCGACGCAUCAGCAGAUGCAGUUGGCCAGUGGGUGGAUACACCUGCCAACUCCAUCGGCAUUUUCUUGGGCGACGUGCAGUACUUUGUCGAGGACGUACUCAUGCUGCCCCUGGCCCACGGCAUCCGCUACCUGCUGACGCUGGCUCUGGAUCCAGCCGUGGAAAGCGACACAAUCCUGAAUGGAAGUCAGGCGCUAUUGCAGUCCCUGGACUCAACUGCUACAGGGUUUCUGGAUCGCCUGCAACCAUGCCCUGCAGAGAAGCCGGUGGUGUUUGUGGCAAGAUCUGAGUCGGAGGCCGAGCAUUCUGCCAUGAUGAGCCUCUUCCAGAAUCUUCAGACUCUAAGGUUUCAUGUCCGGUGCAAUAUCGAAGUCUUCGCCUUCGCCGGACCUGAGCCAGGGAGCAAGUGGCCCUACGUGUUUUCAUGGGUCAUUCCGGCAUUCGUUCGACAUCUUGAGGCGGCGCAGGGCGGGACGCCAUCAUGGUUCCUGCCAGCAGAUCAGUACAUCCGAAAUGCACACACUCCACUGCCGCCACCUGCCUUGUCUUGCUUCUGCCCAGUCCGAAGUGUCAGGGUCCUGCCUGUCUUUGAACGCAGCGGGGAUGUCUACAUCUUCCUCGCCAAGCCUCCGGCCAGCCAUGGACACGGUAUCUGGACCACGGUUGGCGGAGGCGUCAAAUGUGGGCAGGAUGGGGACCGAGACGUGCAGGGUGCCUGCCAACGAGAGUGGGCUGAGGAGCUGCUGGUGUGGCCUUCGCCACGUGCCUGGGAGGCUGGCGUGGAGGCGUUGCAGUGGGUGGCUUGGAAGGCCAACUCCCCAUCAUGGGAGAAUUGGAACAACUGCAAAGUACCGGGGUCAAAUGAGCGUGACGACGGGUGGAGCUCGACCGCUUGGCAGUUUGUGUUGGCCUCGUCGGCCUUCUUCACGGAAACCACUGCUCAAGGCAGUUGCUGCAAAGUCGUUCCAGAUGCUUGCAGCGUGGUCCGGAAGGGCGAGAACCUCGUCAGACAUCACGUUGAAGGCCUGCCGUAUGUGGAACUAGAAUCUGGAGCUUGGUUCCGCCUGGAUCUGUCAACAGGCAGCUUGUAUGCUCCAUUUCCUGGUGCAGAGGUGCGGGGCGACCUUCACGAGGUCCUACAGUCUCUGAAGCUGCGCCAGCAGCUCACAGAGAGGCUGCCUGAGUGGGGGCCGUUUGAGAGAGGCCUUCCGCUGCAAUGCUCGCAUCUGGUAUGCGUUAGCCCCGAGGGUGUGCGCAACAAGUUGGAGAUUUUCAGGGCGAACUUCGACAGCCUUGGUCUAACUGCGCAAGACAGCACGGCCCGGCUGAUCCGGUGCGUCAGCAGUGGACUCGAGAGCGACGCGCACCAUCAGUUCUAUGCUGAAGAAGUGCAGGCACUGUUAGAGUGCCGAGCUGAUCCAACCGCGACGGAGGGGCUGUCAAGCCGCGCAGACUCUGUGUUGGAUGCCGUUCUGCAGAAUCGCAACUUGCGAUCAUCAGUUGCCGAGCGGACUGCCAAGGCCCUACGUAGCGUGCUAGGUCGUCACAAAAUCUAG